ACUGAUCAAAUCUAAUACCCGAGCGAUGACAUCACUCCUCUCGACGAAGAGACUGCGUCCUGAUUGGACAGCGGUACCGACCAAUCAGAGGGCACACACAUGGGAAGCGUUUAAAAAAGAAUCAGAAAAGUGUCGGAGGGUCGUCGGAAAGCCUCACUACCAGGUCCGAGCACGACUGCGGCUGAGUUGAAAAAAAGAAAACUGAAGGAACUGCUAGGAACUAUUCUCGUGCUUCCCCUGCCUCGACCUGAGAGCUGUAAUCUCCUUCUCCAUUUUUAAAGCCCUCCUCAGCUCCACUGUAAAUUGACUGAACAGCAGGAUGUCAACGCAUUUCAGGAGCGGCCCGGCUUUCGGUCUAUCUGCCGAGGUCAAAUGUAAGCUUGCAGGGAAGUACGACCCCCAAAAGGAGGAGGAGCUUAGGCUGUGGAUUGAGGAUGUGACUGGGAAAAGGAUCGGGGACGGUUUCAUGGAGAGUCUAAAGGAUGGUGUUCUGUUGUGCGAACUCAUUAAUGUUCUCCAGCCUGGUUCUGUGAGAAAGGUCAACAACUCCACACAAAACUGGCACCAGCUGGAAAACAUUGGGAAUUUUGUCCGUGCCAUUACAGAGUACGGCCUGAGGCCACAUGACCUCUUUGAGGCCAAUGAUCUGUUUGAGAAUGUCAACCACACUCAAGUCCAGUGCACACUCAUCGCCCUGGCUGGAAUGGCUAAGUCCAAAGGAUUCCACUCCAAGUACGAUUUAGGCGUGAAGUACGCUGAGAAACAGCAGCGCCGCUUCGCUCCAGAGAAGCUCAGGGAGGGACGUAACAUCAUAGGCCUUCAGAUGGGCACCAACAAGCUUGCCAGCCAAAAGGGCAUGACCUCUUAUGGCACACGACGGCAUUUGUACGAUGCCAAAAUCGCCAUGGAUAGCCCACUAGACCAAUCUACUAUUAGCCUACAAAUGGGCACCAACAAGGGAGCCAGCCAGGCUGGCAUGACAGCCCCAGGAACUAGGAGGCACAUCUUCGACAAGAAGCUGGAGCUGGAGAACUGUGACACUACAACCAUCUCUCUGCAGAUGGGCACUAACAAAGUGGCUUCCCAGCAGGGAAUGACCACCUACGGCCUGCCCCGCCAGGUCUUUGACAACAAGUACUGCGCCAACCCCACUGAGGCCUACUAUGACAACGGGGAAGAGGUGGAGUUUGAUGGCUACAACCAGUACUCUGACUAAGAAGACACGAAUAGCCUAAAGACCACCAUCCACAACUUUUCAUUCGACGUGCAAACCUUCCAGACUGUUAUUAAACACUGAUUGAUGUCACUGACGUCUUCAUUCCCCCACCUUUUUUUAAAAAGAUAUUCUUACCCCUAAGAUGUUGUUUGUUUUCUCAACUUAAAGGAGAAAUUCUUUUUGACAUUACCUCAAAGGUUUCAUACAGUGGCCAACUUCUGAAUAACAUUGCUAUGAUGAUUUUUUUUUUCUUGCUAAAAAUAGCCACUCUCCAAUUUGUUGACCUUUUACUACAUAUAGCUUUUUUCUACAUUUUUAAUAACAGCGUAAUAAGGUUUGUCACUGUUUAUACCCUGAGCCUCACCUCCUUACCCUUCUAAUCCAGCUUGAAUACUGACAAAACAGAAUUUGAGAUUUCCUUAAAUGGAGAUAAGAUUGGUUUGGUGAUAUUGAACUUUGGCCCAGUUGGAACAGAGUCCAUGACCACAUCGGAGCUCCACAGGCCCUAUGAUUUCACUGAAGUUCCUGGUCCACAGACUUGCCUUAGCAAACAUUUCAGGAGGACUUGUAGCUUUGUGCAGACCAUGCUUCGUUUGGUUUUGUGACAAAUGUGUCAUGUUCACAAGCCUGUCAAAUUACUCAUCACCACUUUACUGGGCUGGUUUACAUGGCUUUGUGUGCUGCACAACUCAUUUGUUGUAGGGUUAGUUUUUAGAAAAAUUAGAUGGUCUUACCAGGCUUUUAUAAAGAUAAAUGCUGGCAUUAUGUCCUCUAGUAUGAAAGUAAGAUAAACUCAGCCCUAUCCUGGUUUUUGUCCUUUUGGAAAUGUUUCUCCUCUCUGCUUUUUUUUUUUUUACUGUCGCUGCACUUAACACAUCUCCCCUUUGUGUGGUAACCAGUGGUAUAAUGUAACUAGGUACACUUACUCAGAUAUUGUGCUGACAAAUCUUAGGUACUUAACUUGAGUAUUUUCAUUUCAUGCCAGAUGUUUUUAAUGUUCUUUGUAAGUACAGAUAAUAUUAAAGUGCAACAACUGACAGAAGUUUUAUUUGCUGAAAAGGAUUAGGCCCACUGAAAAAAAUAAAAAUUUAAUAAGGUGCAAUAUAUAUUUUUUAUUAUUGAGAUUAAAGUCAGAAUUCUGAGAUUAAAGUCAAAUCGCAGAUUAAAAAAAAAUACAUAUUUCACCUUAUUUUCUUUGAAUCCCCUUCCGUAUUUAUUUGCAAUGUCUAUUUAUACUUUUCUUAAUUAAAAUAUAUUCUCUAACACUGCUAAUAUACUAUUAAAUUCAACUAAAAAACGCAGGACUUAUGGAGGAUGCACUUUUAUGCAAAAAAACAACAGUUGCCUUUUUUUCCUUAAGUUUGGUAUCUAUUCACCACCAUCAAUAUUAAAGUAAACCCAUACACUAACAGUUGCUUAGUGAUUCUUCUUUUGAGACAUAUGACAUUUAUUGUUAACCUGCUGAAUAUCUUGAAUGUAAUGUUAUUGUAGGUAAUGAGGCCUUAUUAGCUGUUACAGGAUUCAUUUUCAAAGCAUUAAGAGACAGAAAUAACCUUUUAAGUUGUAGAUUCAAGAGGCUCUUUGUAAAUUAAUCGUAAAACAUCCAGGUUUACAUGCAUUGAGUCACAACAAGAAGCUUCCUGUUUGUGUUAAUGUGCUGAAUGGGCCUUGAAAUUUGGGACUUGUGGCAGUGUGCCAUCUAGUGAGGAAACCACGCAUGUACAUCAACUGUUUUGUCAAGCAUCUAAAGUUUUUAUUCUCUUAAAUGUAAAAAUGUAUUUUUGUAACAGUUUUUAUUUAUAAGUUCUUCCCUUUGAUUUACAGAACAGCCACAAUGUUGAGUAAUUGUAUGGUAACAUUUCACCUUGAUGUGUUGGCUUUGUUUCAGCAGUGUUCAAACUUUACAUCUUUGCCAACCUCUACAUUUCUCCCCCUUACACCUUUUAUUAAACAUGACAUUUGUGCAAUAAAACCCUUGAAACAUA